AUGAGAUGCAGACAGCGAAGAACGGUGUAUUGCAGUAGAAAUCGCUAGAAACAUUCAGGUGAUUUGAUUUCAUUCCUAUGAUCAAUCAUGAUUGUCAACACAUACACACAAAAAAUCCAUAUGUAAAUCCGUAUAAUACAAUAGAGAUAUUUUUUGUGUAUAUCUAUAUCUAUAUCUUUAUAUAUGAAAAGGAAACCUAGGCGGUGAAAUGCUAGAUGACGCCAUGGACAGUAGGGACGCUGACAUGAUGGAGGCCGAGGCGGCGACGGUGGCGCCGCCGCAGGAGAUGACGUCAAUUUCCGACCAAGUCGAAUCCGUGAGAGGUUUGCUCACAUUUGCUCGCCAGCUCAUCGAUCAGGGCAAGCCUUCACAGGCUCUUCAAGCGGUGGUGAUGGCAAUGAAAACCAAAGGCGGAGAUGAGGCCGUAUUUCAAGUCCUAAACAGUACACGUGAGCUGUACAGAAACAAGUUGCAAGCAAGUGCUGCUGCUGAUGAGUUGGCUUCUUUAUUUGCCGAGUGUGCAAUUGCCGAAGCCCUGCCUUUGAAGUCUGCAGAGUCUGAACAUAACACGGUGAGUGAAUCUACUGAACACAAUGCUCAUCGAACUUCUAUCCUGGCAGAGACUGGUCGGAAUCAAAUUGUGCUCGACGCCUUCUCAGAUGGAAGUAGCUUUGUAUGUUUACAAUGUGGGGGUCUAGUUAGUAAUCAUCGCAAAGAGGAACAUUAUGCAUACUGGUGUGGCAAAAUCUGACCAUGUCGGGCACUUGAGCAGGACACUAGCUCUGGUUCAUGAUGCACGUGAUAUGUGGAUACGGUGUGCACAAUCAUACUUGUAUUGCAUUGGACUGCCUAUCUUGUAGCUUUUGAUUCCAGCUCUAUGAGUCCCGCAGUCUUGAUCAUUUACCAGCAAAACUUAUCAUGCAUCAGAUUUAGAGGAGUGAUUAGUAAAAAUAUGUUCCCUUGUAUCUGAGAAUCAUGUACCCAUGCAGUGUUUAAAUCUUUACCAUGGAAAAAAAUGAGCAAUUAUUUUGCUUCUGUAAUGGCUUUCAAACUAUGUUUUGGAUUGUAUUGCCACGAUAACAGCAUCUUUGGUCCUGUUUUACAGGGUCUUGGCUUAAUGAGUUAAUCUCAUAUAAGCUUUUAACGAUCUAAACAUGUUUCGAGUUCAAUGA